CUCUCUCUCCGUUCUUACCUCCAGCCAGUCGGCGUUGACUCGUCGCAGCAGGAAGAUCACCUCUCCCCUCUUCAGGCUCAACUCCGCCUUGCCAUUGCCGCGAAAGUCAAACAUCGCCUGGAAGACACACACACACACACACAAAAGUCAGUGAGAAGAGAGAGAGAAGAGAGCAGAGAGACGGACACACUCAACUCAGAGAAAAGAGACGCUGAGAGCGGACAGCUGACAAAAUGACGAUGACAGAUCUGUUGAAAGCUGAGGAGAUCAAGAAAGCUCUGGAAGCCUUCGAAGGAGAAACAUUUGAUCCGAGAAAGUUCUUUGAAAUGGUCGGGAUGAGGGCCAUGUCAGCCGAAAACGUCAAGAAGGUCUUCCGGGUCCUGGACGUGGACGGCAGCGGAUUCAUAGAAGAGGAAGAGCUCAAGUAUGUGCUGAAGGGCUUUUCCAAGGAGGGCAGAGAUCUGACUGAUGCAGAGACAAGAGAAUUCCUCAAAGCAGCAGAUAAAGAUGGAGACGGCAAGAUCGGCAUUGACGAGUUUGAGACCUUGGUGCAUGAGUAGGGGACGGCUGAACACCCCUCCCUCCUCCUCCUCCUCUUCGUCCCUGCAUUCAUAUUUUGUAACGGCCACCACCAAACUCCUGUCACCUCCCUCUGGACCCCCGAGCAUGGAGUCACACCAGAGCUGCUCCCCCACCAAACCUGAGCAGAAGCAGGCGGGCAGGAAGUCACCGUGAGGAGAAACAUACAGGCGUCAUAGGAACCAGUUUCAUUUUUUAUAUAUAUCACAUUGACUCGCUCAUGCUGUUUGAGUUUCAGAAUCAUUCUUGAUGAUUUCAUGAGGAUAGUUUGUGGUCUGAAAACAGGUGGUGCUAGUGCUGUAGAUGGUGUAGAUGUUAUAAAGACUCCUUGAAUCUUCCUCUGUGUAUUUCAGGUUGUGCAUCUUGUCUGAUUAGUUUUACUUCUAGAUGUUCACAUAACAGUGCACUUUCCUCCCACUCCUCCUCCUCUUCAUCCACCUUCCCUCACCUCACCUCCUCUCCCCUAUCCCUUCCUCCUCCUCCUCCUCCUCCUCCUCCGCCUCUCUCCCUGCCUUCGAUCAGAUGAUGUAGUUAAGUAAAUAUGAUAUAUAAGACGAGCUGUGAAGGGAAAAAAAAGAUCUGAGUAAGAAAUGAUAAUAAAUAAAG